UUAAGACUCCUGUCACACUUCCCCGGUUUGAUCCCCUUUCGGUUUCUACUGGAUCAGCUGGUUCCCAGCUGGAUGCUCGUUUAAAGGUUCGUCUUGCCCGAUUGAAAAUGGAGGCCGAGGAGAAAGCACAUCUCAGACAAUUUCAACUUGAACUUAAACGGUUGGAAGUUGAAGCUGAGAAAGUUGAAGCAGACAAGGUUGUGAGGCUUCGUCAGUUGGAGCUUGAAUCCCAAAGGUUCAAUGUACCUUCAAGAACUGUGAGCCCCACUAAUGGUUCUUGUGGGUCCCCUACAAUCAGCCCCUUUGACAUCACAAAAUAUGUGGCUUUAGUACCAGAGUUUCGAGAGACAGAAGUUGACUCUUAUUUUUCUGCUUUUGAAAGAAUAGCGCAAGCUUUGCAGUGGCCACCUGAUGUUUGGGCCUUACUUGUACAGUGUAAAAUACUUGGUAAAGCACAAGAGGUUGUAGCUGCCCUAUCUCUUCAAGACACCUUAAAGUAUGAGGUGGUUAAAGCUGCCAUUUUGAAAGCCUAUGAGCUUGUUCCUGAGGCUUACCGGCAAAAAUUUAGGUCUCUUAAAAAGCGUCCCACUCAGACCUAUGUAGAAUUUGCCAGGGAGAAAGGAAGCCUCUUUGACAAAUGGUGUGCUUCUAAUAAAGCAACAAGCUUUAGUUCUCUGAGAGAACUAAUUUUGUUAGAGGAGUUUAAAAACUGUUUGCCUGAGCGGGUUGUUGUGCAUUUAAACGAACAAAAGGUAGACUCUUUGUCCUCUGCUGCUGUUUCAGCAGAUGAAUAUGUACUCACACAUAAGUCUUCCUUCCAAUCUAUGUCCGCUAACAGUGUGUCUGCUAAAGUUGAGGGGGAAAACCAGAAGGGGACCUUUUUUGGAAAAGAGUGUCGCUACUGUCGCAAAACCGGUCAUGUUAUUGCUAACUGUUUAGCUUUAAAACAAAAAGAGCGGAACUCUUUCCAGACCAAACCAAAAGGUGUGGGUUUAAUAAAAAGCAAACCACAGGUCCCAGAAAAAGCCCAACUUGACUGCACUCCGGAUCCCUGUUUUGAACCUUUUUUGCUGGAUGGGUUGGUUUCCAUUCCGGGAUUGUCUGCAGAACCACGUACAGUCCGCAUUUUGCGUGAUACUGGAGGCUCACAGUCUAUUAUCCUGGCAGACUCCUUACCUUUCUCUGAGUUUUCAUCUUGUGGCUACAGUGUAGUACUGCAAGGAGUUGACAUGGGCUAUGUCCCCCGGCCAGUACAUCUAGUGCAAUUACAGUCAAAGCUGAUUUCUGGUACUUUUCCAGUUGCUGUUUGUAAUGCGUUACCAAUUAAAGGUGUUUCCUUUCUACUAGGUAAUGAUAUUGCUGGUGGUAAGGUGACUCCUGCACUGGAAAUAUCUGAUGUCCCUAGUUUUCUUCCUAAGGAGGAAGACUUUACAUUAAAGAAUGUUACUACUUCCUGUGUGCUCACCCGAGCUCAGAAAUUGAAGAAAACUGAAGAAAUGAAUGUUGACUUGUCUGAUAGCUUGUUUAUGCCAAUCUUUUCAGAUGACAAAAUGCCACAGGAUAAUGCACUGGUGCCUGCAGUUCACCAUGUAGGUGACAACGAUGAGUUGUUGACUAAAGAGAGUCAUUCUCUACCCAUUACACGUGCCCAACUUUGUGCAGCUCAGAAGAUGGACCCUGCUCUUCAGAAGUGUUUCUCUAGUGUGACAUGUCUAGAGCCUUCAAGCUUGAGGUGGAUGCUAGUGCUGUGGGAGCUGGAGCUGUUUUAUUACAGGAAGGUGAGGAUGGAGCUGAUCAUCCCGUCUGUUACUUCUCCCGUAAAUUUAACAAGAGUCAGCUGAACUACUCCAUCAUUGAAAAAGAAACUCUGGCUCUGCUCCUGGCACUUCAGCACUUUGAAGUGUACUUGGGGUCUAGUCCUGUGCCCAUUACAGUGUACACUGACCAUAACCCUCUUGUAUUCCUUUCUCGGAUGUACAACCACAACCAAAGACUCAUGCGUUGGGCCUUAAUGGCACAGGAUUAUAAACUUGACAUUAAA